AUAGGCCCACCAGUUCAAAGGGAGAUUUGAAGAUGAGCAUAUUCCGGAAUUUGUGCUCUUGUCCUCGUCAACAUGACGAGUAAAAAACAGCAUAUUCCAAUUCCACCGAUCGCCAAACAACGCAACGCUUCAACGAGGCUCUCUGCAUUUUUCGUUCUGAACACCGCACCAGCCAAUCCUGCACCUGUUUCCACGACUCUCCGUCGUCGUCGUCGUCUCCGUCCUCGCCCGCCGGACUUCGGACCCCGAUUGAAGUAUUCUGAUUACACAUGUUUGACAAGAGUCUCGAGAUUGCUCGUUGAAGAUGGAGGGCAGCGGCAUUUCGAUUCAUAUGCAGCCAGUGGAGACAACCUCGAAGGGAUUAGUUAUUACAUAUAUCAAACUGCUCUGGAAUGCAAGGUGUGGUUCAUGAAGAUACUGUCAUUCGAACUCUUCAUACGAGCACCUAAUGCGUCUCCACCAUAUGAUCCGGCGGUCCGUGGAAAUCAUGGGGAUCCAUCAAAUUGGCAGGUCAGUUCCUUUUCUCUCUCUUUCCGCGCUAGUGAUUGUAUCGGUUUCCUAUAGCGGUAUGGAGUUCUUCUAUUGGAUUUUCCCUGCAUCUCUUAAAAAUUUGU